AGCUGCCAGUCUCCUAGAUGAAGUUCGCUAUGUCUGAUUCCUUUGUUUUAGUCUUCAAGUCCCAAGAGCCUCUGGUCUUGCUCCAUAGCAAGCUCAAGGGGUCGGAAAUUUUGUCCUUCCUGAUGCCUGACAUCACCUAGGAGAAGACUGGCAAAGAGUGAGGGAGGCGGCUGUCACACAUUCCAGAUACCCCUCUAUUUAAAACUCCAGGCAGGUCUGAAUGACAAUAGCCAAGCAGCCAGACCUUGUCCCAUACGAACGUGUUUGGCACCAAGGAGAAUGGCUGAAAAAGAACCUGCACCUUCAAAUUUGCUCAUCCCUCUUCUUCUCCUGAUUGGUUGGAUCGUGGGCUGUGUCAUAAUGAUUUAUGUGAUCUUCUCUUGAUAGAAGAAAGAAGAUUUCAGGCUGACAUCUUCUAGAAGAUCUAAGAAGAGAAAUGAAGAUGACUAAUCAUUAAAAAUAUUCCAUUCAUAAGCAUGACAUUUGCCAUCACUUUUAAAGUUUGGGUAUGCAAAACUACCACCCUAGAGGCUGUUUCUUCCCAACAUUUAGCUUGAC